GGAGUAACAAGGGUGUGGACGGAAAGAUGACAUUUGAUGAGGUCAUCGUCAGCAGAAGGGCUGAUAUGCGGGUUUUGUCAAAGUCUCUCCAUUGGGUAAGCAUAAACCCUAAACCAAUUGUAGUAGAUUUUGAUUUCUUGUUAUCCUUUGUGUCUUCUCCUUCGAAUCUCAUCAAGUACUGCAGGUAUCUUCUGAGAUUUUCCAAAUCCGCUGUUUAUGAUUCUGAAAUUUGAGAAUUGAAUCCGAUUUCAACAAAUGAUGAACAUUUGGGCGGUGGCGAUGAGAUGGUCGUAACGAACCCGGUCGUCUGGUUGUGCAGGAAACAAUCGAGGGAGGUGGGAGGUGUGGUUGAGCUGCAGCCUUGUGCUACGCUUUAGCUCCGAGCCAUUGACACUUGCUUAAGAAGCAGAGCUUUGGAGAACAACAGCUGCUAAAUAGAAGGAACUUUCAAAUUGCCAUUGACACUUGCUUAAGCAACAAAGCUUAGAAGAACAACAGCUGUUAAAUAGAAGGAACUUUCAAAUUGUAAGUCUAUUUCUCAAUUUUGGUCAUUGUUAAGUGAAUUCUGUGUUGUACGAACUUGUUUGUUUGCUCAUCAAUCCGCUGUUUUCCUCCCCCUCCAAUCAGUAAUUUUAUCUCUUUCACUUUUGGCUUUGAUGUUAUGUCUUAAGAUCAUUUCAUUUCCUUUUUCUUGAUCUGUAUGUUUACAUGCUUCCUUCUUCUCUCUAGGUUUUUUCUGUUUUGUUUGCCGGAAGUUUUACAGCUUCAUUAUCUUCUCUCCAUUCUGUAUUCACCAAAAGCAGGGUAGUUAUUAAUAUUA